AUGAGUAGCAGUAAAAAAGAGGAGAUAGUAAAUACAUUAUUUACUGUGUUUUUAGUGUUAAUUCAGCAGGUUUCUUUAUUAUAUGUAAUAUUAAAUAAUACAAAAAAUUAUCAUUAUUUCGUAUUCUUAGUUGUUGAUUUAUUUUUAUGUUUGUAUAUUGUAUGUAGUCUUUAUGAUAAAAAUAAUGCAGGAGUGAAGAUUUCUAUUCAGUGGAUGAUUUAUAUGAUAACAUUAAGUAUGAAAAUGGCAAUCUUUUGUUUUUUUAUUAGAGAUACUACAAAAUACACGAAUAAUAGUACUUUUUUAAUAUAUUUAAAUAACGAUGUAUUAAUAUAUAAUUUAAUAUAUAUGACUCCAUUUAUUUACUUACUUUUUUCAUUAAGAAGUAGAAAUAUCUUAGAAAAUAUAUUAGAUAACAAGAUAAUUAUUGAAAAUAUAUUAAGUGUAGAUGUUAAUAUAAUUAAUUUAUUUGAUUUAAUUGAUUUAAUAUUUAUGUAUUCCCAUUUAACAAGUAUACACAAAAUAGUGACAGAUUUCGGAUUUUAUAAUUCUCAAAAAACAUAUAUAAUGUUAAUUAUUGUUAUUAUUGCUUUACUUUUAUUUGGUUUUUAUUUUCCUAUAUAUACGAAUAUUGAAAAAAAUUAUUCCUAUGAUGAAACAACUGAUUUACUUAUUAAAAAAAAAAAAAAAAAAAAAAAGUAUAAAUAUAAUGGGGAUGAUAAUAGUAAUAGUGAAAACUUUUGUUUUUCCUCUAAUUCAUUUUCCCUACAACCUAAAAAAUCCCAUUCAAAAAAAAAUUCACAUCUUUUGAGUAAAUCAAAUACAAAAUCAUUUAAAACUAACAAAAUAACAAAUUUUGCUCAUCCUAUAGACAAUACAGCAAAAAAUAAUUUUAAUAAAUCUUUAUCUAUAUGCACACCCAUUGUUUCUGAUGAAUCUACAUUUGCUUCAUCAGAUUUUUCAAAAGAAUUAUCUUCUAAUAGUUUAUCAUCAUCAUAUUUUUCUUUAUCUUCUUCUCCAUCUUUCUCAUCUUAUUUAUCUCCCUUGUUUUCCUUUACGUCUAAGAAUUAUAAAAAUAAAAUGAAUAAAUCUGAUAAUAAAAAGUUAAGAGAUGUAUAUACAGAUGUAUAUAUCACAGCUAAAUUCCAUUUUAUAAUUGGAUUCUUUUUAAUAGAUAUUCCUUUUUUUAUAUAUAGAUUAUUAUUUUGUAUUAGACAUAAAGUGAUGUUAACAUUAAUAGUUAAAAAUAUUUUAUUUUUAUUAUUUAGAUCAUAUAAAUUAAAUGAAUAUAGACUUAUAGAAAAAGAAAAACAUAAAAAAAAUAAAAGCAAUUUUGACUUUCGGUUUUAUAACAUUUUUAAUUUUGAUAGUGAAUCAAAUGAUUAUAACAAAAGUCGUGAUUUAAAAAGUGAAAAAACCAAUUCUAAAUAUUAUGAAGAAAAAAGAACAAGCGAAGUUGAUGAAGAAUUGUAUAGUAAAAGAAGAGUUCAAAGUAUUUUAUCCUUUUUUAAGAAUAAAAACAACAACACAAAAAGUAAAAGUGAAGGUAAUAUUAAAGAAAAGAAAAAAAAAAAUAAAAAGAAUAGAAAAAUCAAAAAAAAGAAAAAAAAAAAAAUUGAUGUCUUAAAAAUAUUUAAAGAAGAAUUUAAAAAUAAUAAAAAAAAAUUAUUCAGUGGUAAAAAUUCAAUAGGAAGUAAAGAUUUUGAUGAUAAUUUAUAUUUAAAUAAUGAUGAAAAUAACAGCGACAAUUAUAAUAAUAACAGUCAACAUAAUAAUAGUAAUAAUAAAAUAGUUAAAAAUAAUAAAAUUCAGACACUAACCAAGAAAGAAAAAAGAAAAAUAAAAAGAAAUAUGAAAAAAAAAAAAAAGACCUUCUUAGAUUUAAUUUAUAAAUUAAAAUAUAAAAGAGAAAUGCCUGUUUAUCGUUUUAAAAUUAAAGAUCAUAUAUUAUCUUUUUAUAAUUUUACAUGUAAAAGAUUUAAUAGUUCAAAUUUUGUUUAUUUUGAUGAUAAAUUGGUAUUUCCUUAUUUUACUAAUUUGAGAUUUAUGCUAGUAAUUUUACUAGAUUACUUUAUAAAAAUAGGUUUUACACUAUUUUUUAUUUUUACUUUAUUAAAUAGACAUACAGUUAUAAAUAAUAACAAUUUAAUUUAUAUACAUGAUAUUCCUCUCAGAAAUUCUUCAGAAACAAUUUUAAAUUUUCCAAAUAGCUUUAACUUAAUGAACUACCCAAAUCUGGAAUUACCAAAAACCCCUAUAAAUAUUUACUAUAUAAAUAAAGAUACACAAAUUUACAACCAAUCAAAAAAUAAAAAAAGUGAUCCUAAGGGAUAUGUUAAAUUAGAAUUAUCUGACAAUAUAUUUAAAUUAAAGUGGAGUGAAAUUUAUAUAGUGGAUAAAUUUUGUAUAUGUACAUGUAUUGCAUAUUUAAUUAUAAAUUUUCUUUUAUUUAUGAAAACAUCUACUUUUUUUGAUAUUUUAUAUGUUUCUAUAUUUAAUGCAAUACGACACUUAUCUUUUUACUUCUCCUUAAAACAAUUUAUUUUAUUCUUUUUUAUGUUUAAUGGUAAUAUUUACAAUAUGGAUUAUAUAUAUUAUGAAAAAAAUAUAAGAAAGUUAAAUUAUCAUUUUGAAUAUUUAUUUCUAUUAUUUUUCAAUGCUCGAUAUUUUAUAUUUUUAAUCAAACAUUUUCCUCUAUUUUUUCGUAUACUAUUCAAUUUUAAAUAUGUUUAUUAUUAUAGAGAAUCCAAAAGAUCAAAAGAAAAUAAAAAAGAUGAAUUAAGAUAUUCUAUAAGUGUUUAUAUUUUAUUCCUUUUAUGUAAAUAUUCAUAUGCACCAGUAAAUUUGAAUUCAAUACUAUUUGGAAAAAAUAUUUUAAAUAAUGUUAUAUUAAUUGACAAUAUAAAUAAUUUUACAUGGGUAAACAUAUUAACAAUUAUAUUAUUUAAAAUUGUACAAAUAUUGAUAACUAAAACUAAUUAUUUUCUAAUUGGUUUGUUUAUUCUGCAUAUUGCACUAUAUAUUAUAUAUGCCAUUCAUACUCAAAUUCUCAGAUAUAUAAUUCUUAGAAAAAUUGAAAUCCUUUUUGCUUUUAAACAUAUUUUAAUAUCCAAAUAUAAAGGGAUAGAAUUAGUCCCUGAUAAAAAUUCUCCUUAUGUUACUUGUAGAGAUAUAUUGAAGUAUUAUUCAGAAGAAGGUUUCUUUUCUUCCGAAAGUAAUAUGAUACCAAAUUUUAUAUAG